AUGAAUCUAAUGGUUUCUUGGCAGCUGAUGCUUUUUCUCUGUGCCAUCUCCUUCAGGGAGACAUUAGAAAAGGUGGCGACCAUGGAGAAUCCUAGAUCCACAGACCAGAAGCUUGGGCCCCUGGCGCUCCCGCCUCCCUGGGAACGGAGCCAGCGGUGUGCGCCCCUGAAGAGCGCCACGGAGCCCGGGCGGCCAGUCCUGUGCGCGCCCGGCAGCCGCCUGAUCCCCGCCCCGCGGGGCGCGGCGCUGAUGCAGCGGGAGAAGGACCUAACCGCCUACAAGUGGAACUCCUUCGGCCUACGCUAUGGCAGGCGACGGGCGGCGCCCCGGGACGGCGCCCAGGGACUUGAGACUCCGCACCCGGGACUGCGGGCUUCGGGCACGCGGGGCGGGGCUGGGGGCGGGCCAGUGGGAGGGGACCUGCAGUUUCCGUCUUGA